AUGUCUGAAGAAUUUCCUACUCCACAACUCAUCGAUGAUCUAGAAAACCAUCCUAAGCACGAUAAUGCAAGAGUCAUCAAGGAUUUAUUGGCUGGGACUGCUGGUGGUAUUGCCCAAGUACUAGUGGGACAACCAUUUGAUACCACUAAAGUCCGUCUACAGACUUCCUCGACUCCAACCACUGCCAUGGAAGUCAUCCGUAAAUUAUUGAAGAACGAAGGACCUAAAGGGUUUUAUAAGGGUACAUUGACUCCAUUGAUUGGUGUUGGUGCUUGUGUAUCUCUUCAAUUUGGUGUAAAUGAGGCAAUGAAAAGGUUUUUCCAUUCCCGUAAUCCUGACUCCACAUCUCAAAUUUUAAGCCUGCCACAGUAUUAUAUUUGUGGGCUAACUGGUGGGAUAACGAAUUCUUUUCUAGCUUCCCCCAUUGAACAUGUCAGAAUUAGACUACAAACUCAAACGGGAUCAGGGCCUAACGUUGAAUUUAAGGGCCCCUUAGAUUGUAUUAGGAAAUUAAGAGCACAAGGUGGUUUCAUGCGUGGGUUAACUCCAACAAUGCUAAGAGAGGGCCAUGGGUGUGGUACGUAUUUCUUGGUCUAUGAAGCAAUGGUUGCAAAUGAAAUUAAUAAAGGUUUCAAGAGGACUGAAGUACCGGCAUGGAAGCUAUGUUUAUUUGGUGCAUUAUCCGGUACUACUCUAUGGAUGAUGGUUUAUCCAUUGGAUGUCAUUAAAUCAGUCAUGCAAACUGAUAAUUUGAAAUCACCAAAAUAUGGGAACUCUAUAUCUUCAGUAGCUAAGACCCUUUACGCAAAGGGUGGCUUAGGUGCAUUCUUUAAAGGGUUCGGUCCAACUAUGUUGAGAGCUGCACCUGCAAAUGGGGCCACAUUUGCUACAUUUGAAUUGGCUAUGAGACUACUAGGUUAG